UUUACUUCCGACUUGAUGACGUACAUGACUAGCUGGGCCAACCGAUUUAUGGUGCGCAUGCGCAGUUUAACCUGCUCGUCCAGCAUGGCGCGGAAGCGAACGAUUCCCCAGUUCCUACACUUUAUAUUAUUGAUAUGUGUCAUUUCUGUGCAUUUGAUCGCGUGCCCUUUUGCCAAAGUCGAAGAGAGUUUUAACCUGCAAGCCAUUCAUGAUAUUCUUUAUCACAGAUUUGAUUUAGAAAAGUAUGAUCAUCAUGACUUCCCUGGUGUGGUUCCUCGCACCUUCCUGGGGCCGUUGUUCAUCUCUGUCCUCAGUACACCUAUGGCUGCUUUACUCUCCCACCUUGAGGCUCCAAAGUUUUACACACAGAUUGUUGUGCGUGGUGUUUUGGGGAUGUGCGUCUGCCUGAGUCUAUGGCACAUGCAGAAACAGGUGCGGAGAUUGUUUGGAUCGCUCGCCUCUGGCCUCUUCUGCCUUAUGUGCAUGUCACAGUUUCACCUGAUGUUUUACAGCACAAGGACUCUGCCGAACGUGUUCGCUCUGCCUAUAGUUUUGCUGGCAUUCACAUCCUGGAUGUCUCAGCAGCAUGGCCAGUUCAUCAUGCUCUCUGCUUUGGUUAUUAUCGUGUUCCGCUCAGAGCUGUGCCUCCUGCUUGGACUCAUGUUGCUGCUGUCACUUCUAUCCAAGAAGCUCAGUAUAAAAAAGUUGCUUUGUUAUGCUGUACCAGCUGGCAUUUUGUCACUUGGUUUCACUAUCGGUGUUGACUCUGUGUUCUGGAGGAAGCUGCUGUGGCCUGAAGGCCAGGUUCUCUGGUACAACACCAUCUUGAACAAAAGCUCUAACUGGGGAACCUCACCAUUCCUCUGGUAUUUCUACUCGGCUGUUCCUCGGGCCCUUGGUGCCAGCAUCGUCUUUGUUCCUUUGGGUCUUUUGGACAGGCGGAUGCACAGGCUGCUGAUUCCGGUCGUAGGCUUCAUCCUGCUGUACUCCUUUCUGCCACAUAAGGAACUCCGCUUCAUUAUUUACACAUUCCCCAUCUUCAACCUAGUGGCAGCUCGUGGCUGUUCCUUUGUUUUAAACAACUAUCGGAAGUCAUGGCUGUAUAAAAUUGGGUCUGUUGCUGUAAUUGGCCAUUUUGUGGCUAAUGGCGUUUUUUCGGGCGUUUCGUUAUAUGUUUCACAUCACAACUACCCAGGAGGAAAAGCCAUGCAGGAGCUGCACACGUUAGUGCCAGCUAAUUCAGAAGUGAACUUGCACAUAGAUGUUCUUGCUGCACAGACGGGUGUUUCGCGCUUCUUGGAGCUGAACGCUAAGUGGAGCUAUGACAAGAGAGAAGAUGUGAUGCCUACAGACCCACUAAUGAAGACGUACUCGCAUGUCCUGAUGGAGGCAAACGCAACGCUUGUAUCACUACUAAGUAGUUCUCACAAACCACUCCUCUACAUCCAGGGAUAUGAACGCUUGGUUGUUGAUGCUUUGCAGUUUCCUCCACUCAGGGUGCAAUUAAGCAAUAAGCUUGUGCUUCUCGAGAGCUUGACACACUCUAGACCUAGCUGACACAGACCUGCAAAGCUUCAUGCAUUUUGUGUGUAGGAGAUUGGAGUUAUCUCUCAGAUCUUUUUCUCCCCAAAUAAAAACAGCAGCAGUGUGUAGGUGUAUCUCUGAUAUUAACUGACUCCCUCUGAAAGCUCCACCUCCUUCCUCUAAUCUGAAGUUUAGUAAUGUUUUGUUAGGUGCUCGAACUUGAUUUUCCCACUUGAGUGUCAGCAGGGUCAUAUGCUGUCGAAUGGAAAAUGAGUUCAUUAAAAACUUGAUAAAGGUUGUACAAUUCAUCUAUGAGAAGAGAAGUAUACAAUUAAGAGCAGUUUAUUACUAUAUUUAUUAAGGAUGUAAGUGAAAUCUCAGCUGGUAUUUUAGGUUUUUGGUUACAAAUUGGGUUUGGGAACAUUGCUACAAGGGAUGAUUGAUUUGUUUAAAAUCUAAACUGUUAUUAACUACUUGGUGUAUUUUUGUUUUUCCCCCUUCCAUGAUGCAACACAUUAUUCCUCUUCAGUGUUGUACUGGUGGAUGGUUACUGCCAAAGUUUUCAUGCUGGAUGUCCAAAUAUAGUAAUAAACUUUAUUUUUUAAAUAAAGCACCUCCUAGACCGUUGUUCUCAACAUUUGGGGCUAAGCAAGCAUGAUGUUUACUCUGAGACAGUGAUGCCACACUGCACCUAUUCUCGACUCUCAAGAAAAACUGGUUUGUGUGGGCCUAAUGUCUAAUUGCCUACCAAGAGCCACCUGGGUUGUGUAACGGCUUGGUCAUCUGCUCACCACUUCCCUUUCCAAGAGUGAAAACAAACUGUUACUGGCACAUAAAGUUUCCUGUGUGAGAAAAGGAAAGCUCUCACACUUGUUUCAUUACAUUGAAACCAGAUUAUAGUUUGUUAAGAAGUUAUCUAGUGCUGGAGGAAAAAAUCUUUACAAAAAAAAAGGAAAAAUAAAACGAGGAAAAAGGGU